UUUUUUUAAUAUAAAAACAUAUGAAUGAAAAUAUUUAUAUUCUACAUAAGUUGGAUCUCCUAUGCAUUAUCAGUUGUUCUUAAAAUUCUAUCCAAUGUGGUAGGCUACAAUUAUAUGCAGUGAUGUGUGGGCUACAGACUUGGAAAAGAAUAGGAGCAUAUCUGUGAGGUGCAAUAUUCCGUUGGUUGGUAGGUCAGCUAGUUACUGAACAAUUGGUUCAGCCUUGAACUUAACCUUGAAUCAUCCUCUGACUCAGAUUCUCUCAGCUAUGUGAGAAAUGCCCUAAAAGCAAUAUUUGAAAGGGUAAUAUCCCAGAAACAGCGAGAGAGCCCCAUUCCCAUUUUAAAAUCGACUUAAAGCUUAUUUCUGUAGGACUUUGUACAGCAGAAUGUAUAUAUAUGAUGACUGCCAGUCAUGAAAGUGCAAUGUAGUUUACCUAGCCUAUGUUUUGCCAAAAUAUGUAAUCCACUAAAACCAUAGAAAAUGGGCACAUGUAACAUGAAUGGGAAAAAAAACUUUGGAUCCUAAAAUAGUAUACAGUAGUAUAUCAAGAUAAGAAAGCGCACGCAAAGGUCUCCAAAGGUUUGUGGUAAAAUAGUGAUCAGUUUAUUGUAAAGUUCUCAUUGCUGACAUUAAACUGAUUCAAACAGUAGAAGCUUGACAUGGCGGAACAGUAGUGGAAUAAAGUAGAAAAAAAAUGUUUAGUUGACUAUCACAAAGCCACUGUAAGAGCGUGAGACAGUGUUACACUACAGUACAGAUACCCUCCAACACUUACAGAAACGAGCCCACUCCCUGACAGGCCAGCCUCUGCUAUACAACCCAGUGUCACACCGACUGUUUGCAUGAUGGUGUGUCAGUGCAGUGGUGAGAUUAGGCGUCCCCCUCUGGCCACGCCCCAUUACCGCUGUCGCCUAGGAAACGGGGCGUGGAUAAAGCGUUCGUGAAGCAGGUGACCGACGUGAUUGGCUGAAGUGUCGGAUGAUGUAGUAGCGUGCCAUCGUUCGUUCCAUCGGGCCUCAGUGAGCUGCAGAAGCCGCUCAGUGUGUCGGUGCAGCUGGCUUUCCGCAGGUCCGCCUAGACCCGUCUGCUUUCCGCUUCACCAUCUGUCCUCAGUCUCAUUUUUCACUCACUUCACCUCUCAAGAGCUCUGUCGCACCAUGCUGACCCGUCUGUUCCGUAUGCACGGCCUCCUGGUGGCCUCCCACCCCUGGGAGGUGAUCGUUGGCACUGUCACCCUCACCAUCUGUAUGAUGUCCAUGAACAUGUUCACUGGCAAUGACCAGAUCUGUGGAUGGAACUUUGACUGCCCUAAAACAGAGGAGCAAAUUCUUAGCAGUGAUAUCAUCAUCCUGACCAUCACACGUUGCAUCGCCAUCGUCUAUAUUUACUUCCAGUUCCAGAAUCUGAGACAACUUGGAUCCAAAUAUAUUCUAGGCAUAGCUGGCCUUUUCACCAUAUUCUCCAGCUUCGUAUUCAGCACAGUGGUAAUUCACUUCCUUGAUAAAGAGCUCACUGGUCUCAAUGAGGCUCUGCCCUUCUUUCUGCUUCUCAUCGACCUCUCCAAAGCAUGUGCUCUCGCUAAGUUCGCCUUAAGCUCCAGUUCUCAGGAUGAAGUGAGGGACAACAUUGCUCGUGGCAUGGCAGUACUUGGACCCACCUUCACUUUAGACGCCCUGGUGGAGUGUUUAGUGAUCGGAGUGGGAACCAUGUCAGGUGUUCGGCAGUUGGAAAUCAUGUGCUGCUUUGGCUGCAUGUCUGUCUUGGCCAACUACUUUGUGUUCAUGACAUUCUUCCCUGCGUGUGUCUCACUGGUGCUGGAGCUGUCCCGUGAGAGUCAAGAGGGCCAUCCUAUCUGGCAGCUGAGCCACUUCUCCAGAGUAAUGGAGGAAGAGGAGGACAACAAACCCAACCCUGUAACCCAGAGAGUCAAAAUGAUUAUGUCUCUGGGCCUGGUGAUGGUUCAUGCCCACAGCCGGUGGAUUGCUGAGCCCUCGUCCAUCAACACCACAGUGGGCAUCCCACAGGUUGGCAUGGAGCUGGACCACCUGUCCCCCAGGAGGAUCGAGCCAGAGAAACCCCUCUGGCACUUCUACCUGACUAGGAUGAUAACAAUGGACAUAGAGCAGGUGAUCUGUCUGGCCUUGGCCCUGUUGCUGGCCAUCAAGUACAUCUUCUUUGAGCAGGUUGAGAUGGAGUCUACGCUGUCACUGAAGAACCCAAUCACUAUGUCUGCCCCCACCCUGGCACCACGACGACCCACUGAGACGUGCUGCAGGAAGGAGCCGCCUGCUCCCCGACCCCUCGCCCCUGUCCAGAGCAUGGCUGAUCACACCCCAGCCAACAAGGAAGAGAGGGAUGAGGUUAUCCGUCCCCUGCCUGCUCCAGCCACCGAUCCCCAGCCAAAGAGUGUCUUUGUCGUAGGGGAGGAAGAGGAAGAGCUCAAGUCCGACACCACUCAACCGAACCCCCCGCCAAAGCCCAGAGGCCUGGACGAAUGUGUGGCAAUCCUCAACAACCCUGAGCUGGGGCCUCGUUUCCUAAGUGAUGCUGAGGUGAUGCUACUGGUCAAUUCCAAACACAUCCCUGCCUACAAACUAGAGGCCAUGAUGGAGAGACCAGAGAGAGGAGUGGCCAUACGCAGACAGAUGAUAUCAGCAAAGCUUCCCUCUCCAUCUGCACUCUCCUCCCUACCGUACACCGACUACGACUACUCCAAGGUUAUGGGCACCUGCUGUGAGAAUGUGAUUGGCUACAUGCCUGUACCAGUGGGCGUGGCUGGACCGCUGCAUUUGGAUGGGAAGCAGUUUCAGGUUCCCAUGGCAACCACCGAGGGCUGUUUAGUUGCCAGUACCAACCGUGGUUGUCGAGCAAUCGCUCUGGGAGGUGGAGCCAGCAGUCGUAUCCUGGCUGACAGCAUGACUCGAGGACCCGUAGUGAGGCUGCCCUCUGCCUGCCAGGCUGCUGAGGUCAAGGCCUGGCUGGAGAGCACAGAUGGUUUCCAGGAUAUCAAAGAGGCCUUUGACAACACCAGCAGGUUUGCUCGGCUCCAGAAGCUGCUGGUUGGUCUUGCUGGGAAAAAUCUCUACAUACGCUUCCAUUCCAAGACAGGAGAUGCCAUGGGGAUGAACAUGAUCUCUAAGGGUACAGAGCAGGCUUUGAGCAGACUGCAGCAGCACUUCCCAGAGCUGCAGCUGGUGGCUGUCAGCGGGAACUACUGCACUGACAAAAAACCAGCCGCCAUCAACUGGAUCGAAGGCAGGGGCAAGUCUGCGGUCUGUGAGGCCACCAUCCCUGCUAAAGUUGUCAGAGAGGUUUUGAAGACCACAACAGAAGCUCUGGUGGACGUGAACAUCAAUAAAAACCUGGUUGGCUCAGCCAUGGCCGGCAGCAUUGGCGGGUUUAACGCUCACGCAGCUAACUUGGUAGCAGCCAUCUAUAUCGCCUGUGGACAGGAUCCAGCCCAGUCAGUGGGCAGCAGUAACUGCAUCACCCUGAUGGAGGCAUCAGGACCAACAGGGGAGGACCUGUACAUCAGCUGCACCAUGCCCUCUAUAGAGCUGGGCACUGUAGGAGGGGGCACCAACCUGCCCCCCCAACAAGCCUGCCUCCAGAUGCUGGGCGUGCAGGGAGCCAGUCAGGAAUGUCCAGGGGAGAACGCUCGGCAGCUGGCCAGGGUGGUGUGUGCCACUGUGCUGGCUGGAGAGCUCUCACUGAUGGCUGCUCUGGCAGCUGGUCACCUGGUCAAGAGUCACAUGACACACAACAGAUCCAAGGUGAACCUACAGGAGACUCCAGGAACGUGCACCAAGAAAGCCUCCUGAGAGCCUGAGAGCAGCUCGGUUUCUCUCAGUGAGCCCAGGUCACUGGCCGGACCAGCACACCCAGGAAAAUAUGGACUAUCUGAAAGGGACUAAUCAUUCAUCAAUGGAAGCAGACUUCAGACUUCUGCCAAGUGCUUUCAAAGAGACACAGGAUCAUCAUUGACCAAUCACUAUGCUGUAAAUGAAAAUGAUCCAUACAAGCCAAUCAGACUAUUCUGUGGGAGUACAUUCAUUUUCUGUAUCUCUUUGUAUUUUAUGGAGCUCGCUUUAAGCAGUUAAUUACCGAAUUUCUUUCAUUUCCACAGUUAACAAUGCUGUGAGCUCUUUGGGUUCAAAUUCCUGCUUUCAUGUUGCCAAAUGGAGCAUGCUUAACAUAGAAACAAUUCUACCUAAAAGCUAAAUGUUUCUGAUUGUUGAAUGUGUGUAGCUAUACAUGGGAGCUUAAGAACAGUGCUAUUUAUAAGUAAUUCUACAAAAAAUGAUCAAGCGGGUUGUGAAGCUAAAAAGGACACAUAGUGUCACAGAUGUGAAGCAACCCACAAUAGCUGAGCAGACUGGAGUCCUGGUUCAACCACAAGAGGACAGACAAAGACAAGCAUGACUGACUCAAGGAAUUAAUAAAUGAAUUUAUCAAUGAAUUAUUGUUUAGAUCCAAAAGGCACUUUAAUACUAAGACUGCAAGUCUUACUAAAAGGCUGAUUUAUCUCCUGUAGGUACAGAACAGAACAAGUGAGGACAUACUCAAUGCUUGUGUCCUUUAAAAAGGGAGAGAGGAUGAAUAAAGUAUUGGCUUCAGGUGUCUGCACUGCUGAAGGGACUAUGCAACAAGUCAUUAACUCAUUCAUUUUGAGAUUAUUUUGUAUAAUUACCAUAAAGAAACUACACCAAUGUCUCAACCGAUCUCUGCACUGCACUUCCAGAACCAAAGGAAAUUACUUUGAAGGACAAUACCAGUUUUUUGCAUGUUUUAGCCCAUUCACUACAAAUGUGUGUGUUAUGUAUGGAAACAGGCCUGCAGAGACUUGCAGUUUGCUUGAGCCAGAUACUGUAAUCUAUUACAGUGACCAUCAUGUCUUCCUCUAUCCAGAGUCAUGUUGACACUGUGCUGAUGCGGGGACAGACUUUUCUAAUCAGUCUGCAUUUUAGACUGCAUUGUCAUGCAAUGGUAUGUGCAGCUUAACUCAUCUCAUAUACUGCUAAUGUAAAGUACUGCAGAUGUGGUGUGGGUGAGGGUAAAAUGAAUUCAAUUAUAAUGAGUCCUCCUGCUAUACCAGGGACAAAUAUUUUGGAUAUGUUUUGUAAUAAACACAAAGGUACUUUAUAAUGA